CCAUCUCCAUGUCCGCCUCUCUCUCUCUCUCUGAAAACCACCCCACCAACGGAGCCCCACCGCGCCACUGCCGUCCACCCCCCUUGCCCACACACCCAAAGAGAGAAGGAGCUAAUCGAGCCCGAUUCUCAAUCUCUCUUUCGUUUUCUUCUCUGAAGCUUCCUCAGUGGCUCACUCUGUGCGUGGUGGCUUUGAUUGGUCCUUCGAUUCUCAGGUAUGCUCUCGAAAGCUCAGACCGUCUCUUUCUACUUAAAUCACACCAUUAAAUCUGCACCCACAUCCCAUACAAACCCUUUUAUGGACCUCCAAAUCAAACCCAUUUCAAGCCUCAAAGUAGUGUGGCGGAAAGACCGAAAACUGGACGGAGCCAUAGAGAACGACAAGCGGUACAAGCUCUGUUACCGAGUCGUCAAAGAGGUCCUUAACGAGCCAGGCCAAGUGAUCCCACUCCGUUACCUCGAGAAACGCCGCGAGAGAAUGCGGCUCAAGGUACGAAUCCAAUCUUUCCUUACCGGAAACCCGGGUUUAUUCGAUUCUUACUAUGACCGAAUCAAACCCAGAACCAAUCUGGUCCCGUUCCUCCGAGUUUCGGACCGGCUCAAAGAGUUUCUCGAAGAAGAGAGAAGGAUUUAUGCUGAACAUGAACCUUGGAUAGUAUCGAAAUUGUGUAAACUGUUGAUGAUGUCUAAGGAUAAGGUUCUUAGUGUGGAUAAAUUAGUACACGUGAAGAGGGAAUUUGGGUUUCCGAAUGAUUUUCUGGUUAACUUGGUGCCCAAGUAUCCGCAGUACUUUAGGCUAUCCGGGUGUCCGGGAGAAGGGAAAUCGUUUUUGGAACUGGUUUCAUGGAACAACGAGUUUGCGAAAUCAGUUAUUGAGAGAAGGGCGGAGGAAGAGUCGAGGUUGACGGGGAUUCGGGUUAGGCCUAAUUUUAAUGUUAAGCUUCCGGUGGGGUUUUUCCUGAGGAAGGAGAUGAGGGAGUGGAUUAGGGAUUGGAUGGAGCUCGAUUAUGUGUCCCCGUAUGAGGAUGUGUCACAUUUGGAUCAGGCGUCAAGGGAAAUGGAGAAGAGAACCGUGGGAGUUUUCCACGAGUUGCUUUCACUUUCAUUACAUAAGAGGGUUCCUGUACCAAUAUUGGGGAAGUUUAGUGAUGAGUAUAGGUUCUCGAAUGCAUUCUCGAGUGCGUUCACAAGGCAUUCGGGGAUAUUCUAUUUGUCAUUGAAAGGAGGGAUAGAGACGGCAAUGCUGAGAGAAGCAUAUAAAGAUGAUGCACUGAUUGAUUGGGAUCCUCUCCUCGAGAUAAAAGAUAAAUUUGUUGCUUUGUUGGAGGAGGGAUGGCGAGAGAGAGCAGAGCGGUUGAGGUUUCAUAGGGAAGAAGUUAAGAAGCACAGGGAAAUGAUGGCGGUGAAGAGUGGGGAGUAUGAUAGGCCUGCGUGUGAUGAAUGACUACGUGAAAGGCAUGGGUGGCAAUGAGAUCAGCAAUUGCCGGUAAAGGGAACUUGAAAUAUUAAGUUGAUUGUUGAGAUUAAACUGCAUAUUCUGUUGAGAAAUUGUACAUUUGUGAGGAAUUGUUGUAUCCUGCAUGUGUACAAAUUGAAUUUUCAUCCAAGAUAAUUGGAGAUUGUCAAUGUCACUGAAUUUAUGGAUGGGGGAGAAGUUGUGCUCUUCUCUCAAAUAUCGAUGGUAGAGAGCUGCUUUCAACAAGAUACCUAUUAACAGCAUUUAGUAAUGCUUUAUAUUUUCUCAGCAACAAAGGAAGUCUACAGAACUCUUCACUGAGGCACGGAAGUCAAAAUAUCUUUCAACUGACCUCCCAACAUAUCUGUGGAGUUGUAAUUUUACAUUUAUUGGAGUUUGUUAGUUGUAGUGUUGCGGCUUUGAUGCAAAAUAGAAUUGCACUUCAAGAGUGGACAAAUGUUUGUUGUGUUGGUGCAAUCAUGGAUUGCACGACCAAGCAUCAUAAAAGCAAUGGCUAUUGCAGGAAUGUUAAAGGAGCUGAAUAAGUGAGAACAUUUUGGAAUGGAGAUCAAAGACUUUCUUUUCCUUUUUUUUUUGGGCAAGGUUUUUCUUGGUCUUUUCAUUUCCAACGACAACUUUCAAGGAAGGUUGGUCUGGUUAGGCAUGUUAAUUAAAGAGUAGCAACUGAAAGUAUUGUGUAAUGGAGCUGCAUGUGUGGUGGUACCCUGGGGUAGAUCUUGAAAUUGUUGCAGUAAAAUGUCUCUUCUUUAGAGCACUGAUAAUUUGGUCUAGAGUUUCAGCUCUUGGCAAGUUGUGAUUGUGAAUUGCUGUUGUAUUUGUUGAUGAGGUUAGGAUCAUUU